AUGCCUGCGAAUAAGAAGAAGCAGGCGGCCACGCCACCAUCUUCCGAUGAUGAGCCAGAGGAGAGUGAGUCAGGGAGCAGUGAGGCUGAGGCAGCUCCCAAGAAGAAGAACCUUUUCGCUUUGAUGAUGGACUCGGACGAGGAGGACUCGGACGAGGAAGAAGAAGAAGAGGAGGAGGAAGAGAAGCCACCUCCGCCUCCGAAGAAGCCGGAGAAGGCAGAAAAAUCAGAGAAGGCUGACAAGGCAGAGAAGGCUGACAAGCCAUCAAAGGACAAGGCGGAGAAGGUCGACAAGGUGGAAAAGGCCGCGAAAGAGGAAAAGGCAGAGACGGCAGAAAAGGAUUCGUCGCCGGAGAGGAAAAAGAAGAAGGAUGACCCCGUUGAUGAUGAGAUUGCCAUGUUUGGCGAGAAGAAGAAGAAAAAGAAGACUGCUGACAAGGAGGACAAAGAUGCCAAGGACGAGAAAAAGGAAAAGAAAGAGAAGAAAGAGAAGAAGGAAAAGAAAAAGAAAAGCCCGACUGUUUGUGAAAUCAUAGAGGUCUCUCCCAUUCCCAAGAAAGACAAGCUCAAGCUGUGCAAAGUGGUGGUGAUGGCAGGUGUUGACCCUGUCGACAUCGUCACGAGUGCCCCGAAUGUCGUUGCGAACAAGAAGUUCAUUGCAGCACCACCGGGAUACGCGACAGCAAAUGGGGUCGAUGUCAAAGUUUCAACAGUGGGCGGUGUUGAAAGCGCCGGUAUGUUUUGCGGCCCUAAAGAAAUGGGCUGGGACACAGAUGUGCUGGAUGCUGGCUUGGCUGUCAUGCUUGCAGAUUCCGCAGAAAUCGGUCAGCCAGCACCCUCUUACGAAGAGGCCGUGGAGGCUUUUAAGGAAAGGGAGCGAGAAGAGCUAAGGAAGAAGGAGGAGGAAGCAGCAAAGGCAGCAGCUGCUAAAGCGGCAGCCAGCAAAGAUGACAAGAAGGGUGGCAACAAGAAGAAAAAGGGAAAGGGCAAAGACGAUGACGAAGACUUGGACGAUGUCUUGGCAGACUUCAAAGAGGACGCACCGCCAGCUGAAGACAGCAAGUCAGCGAAUGCAAAGAAAAAAGAUAAGAAAAAAGCUCAAAAGGCAGCGGAUGAUGAUGAGUUCGAUGCUGCUUUGGGUGAGUUCCAGGAAGACAAGCCGGAGCCAAAGGCAAAAGCUGCCGCGAAAACAGCAGCAGAUAAGAAGAAGGCCCAAAAGAAGGCAGCCGAUGAAGACUUUGAUGCUGCCUUGGACGAGUUCCAGGAAGACAAGCCGGAGCCAAAGGCAAAAGCUGCCGCAAAAACAGCAGCAGAUAAGAAGAAGGCCCAAAAGAAGGCAGCCGAUGAGGACUUUGAUGCUGCCUUGGACGAGUUCCAGGAAGACAAGCCGGAGCCAAAGGCAAAAGCUGCCGCAAAAACAGCAGCAGAUAAGAAGAAGGCCCAAAAUAAGGCAGCCGAUGAGGACUCCGAUGCUGCGUUAGACGAACUUCAACCACCUGCUGAAGAAUCGGCUCCCGAACCAAAGGCAAAGGCGGAAGCAAAAUCGGCUAGCCAGAAGAAGAAGGAUAAGAAGAAGGGUCAGAAAGGGGAUGCAGACGACGAUUUCGAUGCGGCCUUGGAUGAACAGGGUGAGAAGCCAGAUGCUGCAUCCGGCAUUGCACCAGCGGAAGCCAUCCCGGAGAAGCCAAGUCCAGAAGCUGAGAAGGACGAAGAUGACAAGGAUGGGAAGGACGAAGAGCUUGAUGCCAAGACGCUUGCCAAUCGAAAGAAGAAGGAGAAGAAGGCAAAAGCCAAGGCAAAGCAGAAGACAGGAGGAGAAGGCUUCUGGGGCUCUGACGAGCCCCAAGAUCAGUCGGAGACGAAGGAGGCACCCAAAGAAGAGGAGCCAGCAGUAGCAAGCAGCAGCAAAAAGGAGAAGGCCAAAGCCGCGCCGAAAAAGGAGAGCGCCAUCGUCCGUGCAGCCCGAGAACGCCUGGAGAUGGAGCAGAAAAUCGCGGAGGAGAAAAGGGCCUUCGAGGAGGCCGAGCGGAAGCGGAUCGAGGAGGAGCAGCGAGCAAUCGAAGAGGAAGAGAGGCGCUUAGAAGAAGAGCGGCAGAAGCGCCGGGAUGCCAAGGCGGCGAAGAUCGCGAAGCAGAAGGCAGAGGGCACUUACUUGACCAAAGCGCAGAAGCUCAAGCAGCAACGAGCGGCACAACUGCGUGAGCAGUUUGGCUUCACCAUGGACAAGGACGAGGAGGAGGAGGCCGAGACUGCUGAGAAGGUCGAGAAGGACGACAAACAGAAGCGGCCGAUGGCCACCAAGUUGAAGAAGAAGAAGCCUGCGCCCGGGGAGGAGCCAUCACCGGAAAAGAUAAAGGAGGAGCCGCCAGAGGAGAGAGAGGAGAAGAAAGAGGAGAAACAGGAGAAAAAGCCGGAAAAGAAGGAGGAGAAGCCGCUUGAGAAGGAGGAAGAGGAGGAGAGCGAUGGCUGGGAGAAGCUUGACGAACAAGAGGAAGAAAAGGAGGAAGCUGCCAAGGAGGAAGAGGCGUCCGAUGAGGAAAGUGGGGACGAAAGCAGCAGUUCCAGCAGCUCUUCUUCCUCUUCGUUCAUGGGAUACCGUUCGCCGGUGAUUUGCAUCAUGGGGCAUGUCGACACUGGAAAAACAAAACUCCUGGACAAGAUCCGUAGAACCAACGUGCAAGAAGGUGAAGCUGGCGGCAUCACCCAGCAGAUCGGAGCAACGUUUUUCCCUGACAUUGCACUACAAGAGCAGACGAAGAAGGUUGACGAGGACUUCGAGCUGGAAGUCCCUGGCCUGCUAAUCAUUGACACGCCCGGUCACGAAUCCUUCAACAAUCUUCGGAUGCGCGGAUCCUCUUUGGCAGAUCUGGCAAUCCUUGUAAUUGACAUCAUGCACGGCCUCGAGCCUCAAACGGUGGAAUCGUUGGAGCUGCUGAAGAAGCGUCGUUGCCCGUUCAUCAUUGCGAUGAACAAGAUCGACAUCCUCUACCAGUGGAACGCAAAGUCGUAUACCAGUGCCCAAGACGCGUUGAACCGACAGGAGCAGUCUGUGCGAAUGGAGUUCCAGACCCGGUACAACAACGUCAUGUUGCAGCUGAACGAGCGGGGGCUGAACUGCAGCCUGUAUUGGGAGAACGAUGAUCCGCGGACUUCGGUCUCCAUUGUUCCAACCAGUGCGCUUACCGGUGAGGGGGUGCCAGAUUUGUUGUACAUGAUCCUUAAGCUCACUCAAGACCUGAUGGGGGCCAAGCUGGAGUGCAGGGAGGAGCUGGAGUGUACGGUGAUCGAAGUGAAAAACAUCGAAGGCCUUGGGACCACCAUCGAUGUGGUGCUUCUCAACGGCACCCUCCGAGAAGGUGACACAAUCGUGCUGGCUGGCUUGGGUGGUCCAAUUGUUACAACCAUCAGGGCUUUGUUGACACCUCAGCCAAUGAAGGAGAUGCGGGUCAAGAACGAGUACGUCAAACACGCGGCGAUCAGCACCUCCAUGGGCGUGAAGAUCUCGGCACCAGGCCUCGAGGAGGCGGUUGCGGGCACGCAGCUCCUCGUUUGUGGGCCGGACGAUGAUCUCGAAGACUUGAAGGACGAAGCGAGCGAAGGCUUUGAGAGCAUUCUCAACGACUUUGCCAAGGAGCCGGCAGGAGUUUAUGUGAAGGCCAGCACCCUGGGAUCGCUGGAGGCACUGCUCUCCUUCCUUCAGGAUAUGAAGAUUCCGGUCUUCGAUGUCGGAAUUGGAGAGGUCCACAAGAAGGAUGUAAAAAAAGCGAUGAUCAUGAAAGAGAAGAAGCACCCGGAGUAUGCGCUCAUCCUGGCCUUCGAUGUCAAGGUGAACGCGGAUGCCCAGAAGCAGGCGGACACAGAUGGCGUCACGAUCUUCACAGCCGACAUCAUCUACCACUUGCAGGACAAAUUCACGAAAUACAUGGAGAAGUUCCGCGAAAGUCAGAAAACAGAAACACGAAAAGUCGCAGUGUUCCCAGUCGUGCUGCAGAUCGAUAAGCAGCACAUCUUCCGCAAGCAGGAUCCCAUCAUCGUGGGUUGUCAAGUUGUGGGCGGCCAGUUGAGAGUGGGCACACCGCUCUGUGUCCCAGAUAAAGACAACAUGACCAUUGGACAUGUAGCGGGCAUUGAGAUCAACAAGAAAGGGGUGCCCAAAGCUCGCAGGGGUGAUACGGUUUGUGUGAAGAUAGAACAGACGACUGCCCAGAACCACAUCAUGUAUGGGCGCCAUUUCGACCACACCAGCCAGCUCUAUUCGAAGAUUUCGCGGGAAAGCAUUGACACCUUGAAAGAGCACUUCAAGGAUGAGAUGAUCAAAGAGGAUUGGGAGUUGGUCAUCGGCAUGAAGAAGGUCUUCAGCAUCCAGUGA